UCUAGGGUGGCAGAGUGGCCAGUACUCUACAGUCAUAUGUGCACUUUCACUUUCCAAAAGUAAUUUGAAGUGGCCUUCCGUGCUGGCAGGAGAUCUAUUUUUUUUUCUCGAAAAUAACAAUAACAACAUGUUGUAGGCCUACAGCUGAAAACUUUUUGAUUACGUCCAUCGUCCAAACUGGAAUGUAGACUAUUUUCGUCUCGAAUGCUUUUGCGUGUCUAUCGUCUGAAUGAAUCUAUCCACCCUGGGCCUGUAUUGAAAUGUAAAUAGCCUACAAUCAUACUUUCAUUUCUGAAUCUAUAUGUGCAACCCAAUAUGAACCGGUUCGUUAAUUAUUAAACUGUUAAUAAUAUUCAGUCAUCUGGUAAAUAUAGCAUUUUUUUUUCAACAAAGAAAACUGAAUUGAAGAGGUGGACUGCAUUUGCGAUCGGCGCCAAUGGACCCGUUGGAUUUUUUGACCGAUGAAGAGUUACUGCGGUUUUUUCCGCUGUAGUAGAACAGAAAUGUCGUGCAUGGAGCAACCACACACCUUUCUUAACCAGCUCCGAGACCACCACUUCAUUCCAGAGAAAAUGCACAAGCAGCAGGGACGUGGAGACUAGUCUGGAUCGAGGGAAAGAGGAAAGGAGUGCUCAGGAACUCAGACUGGGGCAAAGGUUCACCUUCCAACAGGACAACGACCCUAAGCACACAGCCAAGACAACGCAGUGGAGUGGCUUCGGGACAAGUUUCUGAAUGCCCUUGAGUGGCCAAGCUAGAGCCCGGACUCUGCCAAUACAGAAGCUGAUUCGGUGUAAGAGUAAGGCGGUGAGGGAGAAGGGUGUGUACCAGGUGUUGGACUGGGUGGAGGCAGAGAGGCCCAACAGCAUCAAUGUGUUCUGGAACUGUGUGUUCAGGGAUCACCUCCUGCUGCAGUACCCCACGUUACGCCUGCUCCGAAACCGCCUGCUGGACGGGUCGUUCACAUUUUAUGAGAAUCUGCCAGAGAAGAUGGAGAAGGAAGAGGAGGAGGAGGAUAAGAAGAAGAAGGCUUCAGCGGAUGGGGAAGAGGAAGAGGAGGAGGAGGAGAAAAAGACAGGAAUGAAAAAUAGUAAAAAGAAAAGUGAGAGUGCAGAGAAGGGCAAGCCCAGCACGUCCACCCAGUCCACCCCCAGUCAGAAGAGGAAAGUCCAGAGGGUCAAAAACUGUUCUCCUUUUUGCAAGGGGGAGAAAUCUGACAUCUGGACCUGGCCCUUCUACAAGAUCCAGCUCCCAGUCACCUGUGGGGACAAGGAAGGCAUGCUCAUCAGAAACAAGCUGGCCACAGGGGAGAGGUGCAUUGUGGUCCAGGGUCGCUGGUUCACCCCAAGUGGCUUUGAGGAGUUUGGGGGGAAGAAGAGCAGAAAGAACUGGAAGUACAGUAUCCGCUGUAGAGACACCACUCUGGGAGAACUGAUCCAGGGAGGUCAUUUAACUUCACCAGACAUUAAAAGAAGAAAAAGUGCACAGGAUCACCACCCUGGUUCCUCAUCCACUGUUCGGAGGUCCCUACAAAUGAAUAAAACGGUAACACAUCAUGGUAAUUCAGCUUCUGCCAAGAGAGCACUGUUUCCCUUCAACCAAUCAGCGGGCUCAAUCACAGAGUCUGAUGAGAAUGACGAUGAUGAGGAGGAGGAAGAAGAAGCUGAGCAGGAAAGAGAGGAAGGAGAGAGAAGAGAUCAGGCAAACACUGCUGGAGAGAGCAGUACAGGAGGCAGCCAUUGUGGUGUGAAGAAGUCUGUCUUCAAAGUCACCUGUGGAGCCAUCAAUGGAAUGCUACAUAAGGAUCGGUUUGCAUCAGGGUCGUGUGGAAAGAGCAUCCGUACGGAGCUGCGCUGGAUGACCCCGGUGGAGUUUGUGAAGGGGGAGUCAGCUCUGGAAGAUCCCUCCUGGAAGAAAGACAUCCAGUGGGACGGGAAACCACUCAGCCUCCUCAUCAAGAGUAAGAUCUUGGUCAUCCACUCUCUCCUGUGUAAGUGCAAGCUGUGCAGCUCCACGGCCAAAGACAGGCAUGAUCAGGAUAACGAUGACAACUGCUUCAUCUGUAGAAGCCAGGGUAGCUUGAUAUGCUGUGAUGAGUGUCCUCGCUCCUUCCAUCAGAGAUGUCAUCUUCCUAAUGUGGAUGGAGCCAUGAUGGGGGAUGAUUGUCCGUGGAUGUGUACAUUCUGUGUACUGAGGGCCAGUCAGUCGUGGCGCUACCCCAAACAAAUGACCUACCAGGAAGCCUUAACCUGCCGAAUCUCAGACCACCAACUGGAAUGCCAGUACCUCCUGCUGUGUCUGUACAAUGCGGACGAAGAACACAUCGCUGUGGCAGAUCCUUGCAUCAAUGUGAGAAACUACACCAGUGUGAUAAAGACCCCUAUAUGGCUGGACAGGGUUGUGGAGAAGCUGCAGCAGAAUCUCUACCAGUCAGUGCAACACUUUGUGUCUGAUGUGUUGCUUAUCUUCACCAACUGUGCCACAUUUAACAGGGAUAAUGCAGAGUACUGUGUGAUGGGCGAAAGAUUGAAGGAUAUAUUUGAGAGAGAGUUCAAGAGUACAUUCAGCAUCCAACUUCAGCAUCCAACUGCAUCCAACAGCCAGUAGAGCCUUCAUCAAGUCUGUACUGUUAUCUCACUAUGAGACAACAGGGAAUAUUCACCAUGCAAUGGUCUUUCUAUACAGCCUUCAUACAGACUUGCAUGUACAUUAUUAUCCAUCCAGUCCUUUCAUGAAUUUCUUUCAUUCGUUCUAGCAGUCAAAAUGGGUGUGUGAUGAUAAUUGAAAUAGAAUGAUGGUGAUAACAUUGCAUUUCACACAGUAAAUGUUGCUUUGCUAACUUCUCAUACAAGAGCCUUAGAAUUCCUCACCUUCCAGGUUCUUACUUCUGGUUAGGCCUCACUAGAUUCAUGUCUAGGGAUUCUAGCGAAAAUAAACUCAUGAAUUUCUAAAGCAUUGUACAACAUAGUACUUGUUUGACUGUAGCCUACCAGAAUGUGGUUCUGUUGAGGAGAAUAUCAUCAGACAGAGCAGCAGCGCCCUCUUCAGGGCAGUUAGGUCAGCGGGUGCUUUGGGUCUCUGCCCUCAUGCAGGACCUGCAUACGCUGCUAAUGUAACAGUUGUUAAAGUACUGUGUGAAUUUCACCAGGUUCAUAUAUUAAUAUGACAUGUUGAUUUGUUAUUAUGCAUGCCUGCAUCCUGGGAGUAGGGGAGUGUGUACUUACAUUUUGCCCUACUCAAAACAUUUUGAUGCACUAUGAGAGGUAGGCACGUUUUUUUCUGUCGUCUUCAGAAAAAUGUGAUUAUUUUAAGCACAAAGUCAUACACGCAGUGUUUUGUUCAUGAAUAAUGCUGUAUAUAUAGAUGUUACUCAUAAGUUGAAGGUUUUGUAAAGAUGCACCUGUAACUACUUUUUAGGAUGAUAUUAUCAUUCUGAAUUCAACAUAUGGUUCAUAGCUAGCUAAGGUAUUAGCAGGCUAUUAAUAUGUGUGAACGAUGGCGAGCUCCUCGAAUGAUCCCAGUCCCUUGUGUUGUGCAUCUGUUGUAGAAAGAGGCGACGAUUCGCUGAACAAAUGUGCUCUACAAAUGUUUUAUUUCCUUUUGGAUGCAGGUAUGCGGUUUUAUCUAUGUCAAAUAUAUGUUAUGUGUGGAUGCAUAAUAAGGAGA